CCUCGGCGAAACAGCUCUUCCUGGCCACAGCAUCUUCCACGCUUGCGCUCAGGAACGCACUUUGAGCGUAUUCUCACAGUCGAGAGAAAGUAACGCUCACCUCGACUACCUGAACGCUUUUUUUUAUUUCAUUUUAGUAUCAUUAUUAUUAUUAUUAAAUUUCCUCAUCUCGCACACAAUACCCUUUUGGAGUUAGGCCUGGCAUACUCGUUACAUAUUAUAACUUUGAAGUCUUCUCGUGUGAGAUAUUCAAUCACCCGUUAUUCAUUGAUUGACACAUUCGUGAGAUUUGUCGAGGCGCUCUAAACGAGAUCUUUCUUUCGUCAAAACCGCAACUGUUUUCAGUCCGCUUCCCCCCGCCCCUGUUGAACGCAUCCUUCAGUACCACCCAUUAGAAUCAAGCACAGUAAGAUUAGUAGAUUAAAAGCGAAGUCGAUCGUUCGAACUCCCCUCCCCCCUCCCCCCCAAACCACCAACUGCUGUAAUUGAAGCAGCGGCAGUAGUAGCCUACCCAACCACCUCCCCACCUCCUCCCCUCUCCCUCCCUCUCUAAGUCCAUCUAUCCCUCCUCCUCCUCCUCCCCCCUCCAAACCUCAAGGAGCAGCUCUGCAGUUAUGAACUCCAUGAAGACGUGCGGCUUCCUCCUGCUGGUCGUUCCCUUACUCUUCGUCUGCUCACCAGUGAUGGCAGCUCGCAGAGCUGUAAAAGAAGGAUGUCUGAAUUACGGCCCAGCUUGUCUUGGGGGCCACGGCAAGAGAUCCUCACUGCACACCUCGAUCCCCGAACUGCGGAUGAUCCGCAUUCUGUACAGACUGAUGGAGAGCCCAGUGGUCAGUUCCAGCCACUCCAAGGACGAUGAUGCUCAGGGCGCCGAUUUGCAUCAUCAGUAUGUGAGGCCGAGCAAUGGACGGACCCCGACUCAGGAUUACGAGACCCUUUCGCAGGCCCCAGUCCUCGACAGCGAAGACAGGGACGAAUAUCCUGACGAGGACGAUCGAAGAAUCGCUUUGGAAAUGACCACAAGCACGAAAGAUGAACCGGAGACAUACAGUGAUUGGGAUCGUGAGAUGGAAAGCAGGACUCACCAUAAAGAAAAGAAUGAUAACAGAAACUACGUUAAUCUUCGGUCCUGGAGGAAGCGGUGAACUCUGAAACUUCAGCAAGAGACGUCUGGGAAUUCUUGCAUCUGCUUUGAGUGAUCAAGUACCUUAUUGAAUUCAGUAACAUUCCAAAUGCUGUACACUACACUUGUUAUAUAUAUACUGACUCAAAAUAUGUUAUUAUUUAAGAGGCUGAAUUUCAAGUUAGUGGAUAUAUAACCUUGUUGACAAACACCGUACAAGUACACUUACUUUAAAAAAUGUUGAGGAAACAUCUUAUAUUCAUAAAUAAUGAAGGACGUCUCAAUGCAAAAAAAUUUUUGUCAUACAUGUAGUAUGAAACAAUAAAAGAUAGUGGAGAUACUGCAAUUAAUUAUCCUUUGUUUUAUUCGACCAAUGUUCAGUUACACUAUGGAACAAAUGUUGUUGGAGGGUGAACAGCAAGAUCUUGCAGCAUACAAUUCUGCUGCGUUUUGCUUAGCAAACUUACCAGCCUCCUUAGUCCCAAGUAUGCCACCAUAUGC